AUCUGUGAAUGGUCACAGAGGUCACAUGGUACAAGGCUAUUCACAACAGCCUUGUACCAUGUGGGGGUAGUGACAAGCUGUGACCAAAUACAGCUCUCACAGUAUUUCUCAAUCGUUGCAAGAAUGCAGCCAGAAAGAAGGAGAAAUUAUUGCUUUUACAGCCUUUAUGGGUAUAAAAGCAAUCAGUGUAAAAUAAAUUUUCAUCACCCCCCACAAGUAGUACAGUGUCAGUAUGGCUUUUUUGAGUUUGGGCAAGGACACAGCGGCCCCAUGAUCCCCUAUUGCCCGGGGGCCCCA